AUGUUGCUGAUAGAGUGCUGCUCGCGCAAUGGUGCGUGCGUGGUCAAACAAGUUGCAAAGUCCCGAAAGGACUGCGCUGUGACGUCGGCUUGCGCCACAUUGGGCCGUGAGCGCAAGAGCCUAGACUCAUUUCGCCAUCCGUUUCGUUGCGUUGGCUCAUCGACCCACUUCAUCGUGGGAAUCCGGGUAGUAAGUUGA